AGUUUUUAUUGGUAAACUCACAGAAAGCUGAAAGGCAUCAUACAAGCACAGAAUGUAGAAAGCAUCCAACUGUAUAAAAUAAAAGAAAAACCACAUCAAAUAGCAAACGAACUCACUACACAGCUUCAGCUCAAAUCACACAACUAGGAUAGGAGUAGCACAGCAGUUAUCAACUUAAGCGAGCACAGCAUAUAUUGCCCAACACGCCUGCAACCACCCACACAUUAAUAUACAGACACUUGCGAACGCCCGAGUAACCGUCCAGUUUACGAGACACACCAGAGCCAACGAAAUAGACGUAGCGACAAGAGCACAAUACAGCUGCAUCUGGUACCACCGCGGUCUUGAAAGUUGGUGUUUUUGUCAAAAUUACAACAGACUUAAGAAUUACUUUACUUAAAAGCGCGCUGCUCAAAGCAACCGCAUGGCGAAUUCCAUCGUCGCAUAAACGGUCCAUAGAAGAAACCAGCGUACUUCAGGAAAAUAAAUCUAUAGAGAUAAUAUACUUCAGAAUGGGUUCUUUUAUCAUGAGUAGAAAACACAGCCGUGAUCGUACGCUGAUCGCGAUCUUUUGUCUGCUCUUGGUGUGCACAACAACGCUCAGACUUGUCCAAGGCGCAGAGUCGCCCAACAACGGCACAUCAAAUGCAGCCGUUGACAACAAACCCGAUGAUAAGGUGACUCGUAAUACGAACAAAGAGGAGGCGAACUCGGACGUAAGUGCUGUUGCUGAAGCCGGCAGUGCCGGUAGUGGUGGUGGAGGAGGCAAGGGCGUUGGCGGUGACACUCCGAAUGAUAUUCAAAAUGAUGCCAAUGUUGGCGGCAAUGAUGGUGAUGAUGAUAACGCUGGCGUUUCGGAGGCCAAUUCGAAUGAGGGCGAUAAUGUCACCGCCUUGUCGCAGCACAGUGGCAGUUCAUUGCAAUGCAAAGACGGUCUGCUGCUUAAAGCUUGGAUGCCAAUCGACAAUGUGAGUACCGGUGAUCGCGUUGCGCGGGGCCUUGUGUACUUCCUAGCGAUGACGUAUUUGUUCAUUGGCGUUUCAAUUGUGUCAGAUCGUUUUAUGGCGGCGAUUGAAGUGAUCACGUCCAAGGAGAAGGAGGUAGUUAUCAAGAAGAAGGGCGGCGAAACACAGGUUGUCGUGGUGCGCGUCUGGAAUGAGACCGUAGCUAAUUUGACGCUGAUGGCGUUGGGUUCCAGUGCGCCGGAGAUUCUUCUGUCCGUUAUCGAAAUGUUUCAAAAGGGCUUCGAGGCUGGUGACUUAGGUCCGGGUACAAUAGUCGGCUCGGCCGCUUAUAACCUAUUUGUGAUUAUCGCCAUUUGUAUUGCGGUCAUACCGAACGGGCAGGUACGAAAGAUCAAACAUUUGCGGGUAUUCAUUGUGACGGCCGCAUGGUCGCUAUUCGCCUACGUAUGGCUGUAUUUAAUUUUGGCACAAAUUUCGCCAGGCCGUGUCGAAGUAUGGGAGGGUUUGUUAACAUUCAUUUUCUUCCCCACUACCGUGCUGACGGCUUAUAUAGCCGACAGACGUUUGUUGAUUUAUAAAUAUCUUGACAAGAAUUACCGCAUGAAUAAGCGGGGCGUUAUUGUGAGCGCUGAGGGCGACGCCGUACUCGAGAUGAAUCGUCAUGAAAGUAUUAAGGAACUGGCAGAGAACGAAGAAAUGAAGGACUUCGAGGAUGCGCGACGUGAAUACAUUUCAACGCUGAAAGAACUGCGCAAGAAGUACCCACAAAGCGAUCUGGAGCAAUUAGAAAUGAUGGCUCAGGAGCAAUUGAUCAAUCGAGGCCCCAAAUCGCGCGCUUUCUAUCGCAUACAAGCCACUCGUAAGAUGAUGGGCAGCGGUAAUAUAAUGCGCAAAGUCCAGGAGCGUGCUCUUACCGAUCUAAACGAGGUGAAAGCACAGCUGCAGCGCGUCGAAGUGGAGGCCGAAGAAGAUGAUACGACGGUACGCAUCUGCUUCGAGCCCGGCCACUACACUGUCAUGGAGAGUUGUGGCGAAUUUGAGUUGCGCGUCGUGCGACGCGGUAAUCUAUCCGGUUAUACGACGGUUGAAUAUCAAACGGAAGACGGUUCCGCCGAGGCCGGUAGCGAUUAUAUUGGCAAAAAGGGUGUGCUCACUUUUCCGCCGGGUGUCGAUGAGCAACGUUUCAAGAUCGAAGUUAUUGAUGAUGACGUAUUCGAGCAAGAUGAACAUUUUUAUGUGCGUUUAAGUAAUCCGUCAGAUCCGGCAAUUUUGGCAGUACCAAAAGUAGCUACUGUUAUGAUACUUGACGACGAUCAUGCUGGCAUUUUCGCCUUCAAUCAAAAGACACACGAGUUUGCAGAAUCCAUUGGCACAUAUGACCUGAAGGUGCAGCGUUAUUCGGGCGCACGUGGUAAGGUGAUCAUACCAUAUUGGACGGAGGAUGGAACUGGGAAGGCGGGCAAAGAUUACGAGCCAGUGCAGGGAGAGUUGGUCUACGAAAAUAAUGAAACUGAGUAA